AUGGACUGUAACUGCGUCAGUGAUCUGCUACUUCCCCCGAUGCCCACCCUCUGGACACCAGGCAUCGCCUUCCCCGACUGGGCCUACAAGCCUGAGUCGAGCCCCGGGUCCAGACAGAUCCAGCUGUGGCAUUUCAUCCUGGAGCUGCUCCAGAAGGAGGAGUACCAGGGAGUGAUCGCCUGGCAGGGAGACUAUGGGGAGUUCGUCAUUAAGGACCCGGAUGAGGUGGCCCGCUUGUGGGGGAUAAGGAAAUGCAAACCUCAUAUGAACUAUGACAAGCUGAGUAGGGCGCUGAGGUACUACUACAACAAGCGCAUUUUGCACAAAACCAAAGGGAAGCGCUUCACCUACAAGUUUAACUUCAGUAAGGUGGUGUUGGUGAAUUACCCCCUCCUGGACAUGUCCAAUUCUCCUUUCCUGCUGGCCCAGAACCACUUCAACGGGGGCUCCGCUGUGCCCGACUGCAGCCCGGAG